AUGCGUGGGUCGGGUGCAUUGACAGCGCCGAAGACAUCACCGAAACACUGCGAGCUAAGCAUCGGCACGAGUGUCCGCACCCAUACCGCCGCCCACGACAUGACCGAUAACUUCAACUCUCACUCCAAUGAGACCAAUGCCGCCAACUCGGAGGCCCAGCAAAUGCUGGACACCUUCUGGCACCGGGAGAUCGACAACAUCAAGAACUUGGGACAAAAUGACUUCAAGAACCAAGAGUUACCAUUGGCUCGCAUUAAGAAGAUCAUGAAAUUAGACGACGACGUGAAGAUGAUAUCAGCGGAAGCGCCGGUUCUGUUCGCAAAGGCGGCGGAAAUAUUCAUAACAGAGAUCUCAUUGAGGGCUUGGAUUCACACGGAAGACAAUAAGCGGCGGACACUGCAGAGGAAUGACAUAGCGAUGGCCAUCACGAAGUACGAUCAGUUCGACUUCCUCAUC